CGCAAGAUUCUACCAGAUGAAGCAUGCCAGUUCUUCAACAUCCUGCACCGUUCUGUUGAAGGAACCCGCAAACAAAUACUUCUCACCAGAGAAAUUCGCGAAAAGAAGUUUGACGCCGGAGAGCUUCCCGAGUUUUUGUCCGGAACAAAAGACAUCCGAGAUGAUGGCAAAUGGCGAGGUGCUUCACCUGCGCCAGUCUUGGCUGACCGAAGAGUGGAAAUCACCGGCCCUACUGAUCGAAAGAUGAUUGUGAAUGCCCUCAACUCAAAUGUUUACGCCUACAUGGCCGAUUUUGAAGAUUCACUUACUCCAGCCUGGAACAAUGUCCUCCAAGGCCAGGUCAACUUGUUUGAUGCUGUUCGGCGUCAAAUUGAUUUCAUCCUUGGAGCCAAGGAGUAUAAAUUACGCACUGAUCGAAAGCUUCCCACAUUAAUCUGCCUUACUCAUUAG